AUGGACCUCCCCGCUCUCGCCUCGCUCCCAUCGCUGCCACAGGAGGCCCAACUGCGGGUGCUGGACACCCUUUUCGAGCCCUCCCCCGAACUCCACCAACUAAUGCUCCCUUUACUGGCGAACCAGACCUUCAACUCUUACACGUCACUCAUCGAUGCCGUUGGGGGCCGCAUGUCCGCCCUCUCCGCCGCCAACUCCCCCACUGACCGGAAUGUUCUAUUCGGCAUUUUGGGCUCGCACCCUCGGCUCGGACGGCCUGCCGCUAACCCCGAGCACCUCAGCGAACUGAGCAAAAAGGAACAGGCCCAGCUGCAGACCGGCGCCGAGGAACAAGCCGAGAAAUUGCGCGAAUUGAAUGCCGAGUAUGAGGAGCGAUUCCCCGGACUGCGCUUUGUCUCCUUUGUCAACGGUCGCACUCGCGAUGUGAUCAUGGUGGAAAUGCGUCAACGGAUUGACCGAGGAGACAAUGACCAGGAAAUUGCGGAGACCAUCCAGGCCAUGUGUGAUAUUGCAAAGGAUCGAGCCCUUUCCUCCAUUUUUCCCUCCAGCGCGGCCGAUUCUAAGAGAGCACGCGCGCUGAUUGUCAUAGGCUCAGAAUCCAGCAAUAGCCAACAAGAUGUGCAGCGCACUUCGCAUCGUGUGCCGCCUCCCGUCAGACAUUCUACCUCACAAACGCUGCACGAGACCCGUACCGAAGCCAGCGCUAUCGAUCCGUUGUCCCAACACAUCAUCCAGCGAACCAACACUCAAAAGUCAAUUCCCCUCAGGCUCCUGGGCCGCGCAUCCUAUGAGGCCGAAGCCGGUAGUUCGGAGUAUAGCCUGUCGGAACAAGGCGCAAUUCGGGGUGAGGCGUCGCCAAACUCAAAGCCCAAAGAAAAGAAAAAAGGUGUUUCUUUCCUAAGCCGCAUUAUCGGUACAAAGAAAAAAGAUCAGCUGCCAGACGCAGAAGAUGAGAGCUCCGAACCCGAGCCUAACCGCAUGUCCAUCGAUACUUCUCAUCCAAUAGGAUUUAUUCCGCGACACCCUGCGCCAGCCAGGUAUCUGCGAGUUCGUACGCAUUACAAGAAAGAAAAGGAGUUUGAAAGGCUCUUCCUGGCUCAGGAGCUCACAGGCAUCCCCGGCCAGCAGCGUCCCGCGGAACGUCGGAUAUCAACAACUACUUCUUCCCAGAAUGGCGAAAAUACGGGUAGGGCUAUAUGGGCCCUGGAAUUCUCAAAAGAUGGCAAGUACCUAGCUGCCGCAGGUCAGGACAAAAAAGUCCGGAUAUGGGCAGUCAUAUCAACCCCAGACGAGCGUGAAGCUGCAAACCAUGAUGAUACCGAAAAGCCCGGCAAUGAACAAGACCCGCCACGCCUGAAAGCACCCGUGUUUCACCCCAAGCCGGUUCAAAUUUAUGAGGGACACACCGGUAGCAUUUUAGACGUGAGUUGGAGUAAAAACAACUUUAUUCUCUCUUCGUCUAUGGACAAAACCGUUCGACUGUGGCAUGCAAGUCGACCCGAGUGUCUCUGUUGCUUCCAGCAUAGUGAUUUUGUCACUUCUAUCCAAUUCCACCCUCGGGAUGAUCGCUUUUUUCUUGCUGGCUCGCUCGACACCAAGCUCAGACUGUGGAGCAUACCUGACAAGAGUGUGGCAUUUGUAACGGCUGCACCCGACAUGGUAACCGCGGUGGCAUUCACGCCGGAUGGUCGAUACUCGAUGGCUGGAUGUCUGAACGGAACGCUGAAUAUCUAUGACACAGAAGGCUUGAAGGUUUCCGGACAGAUUCAUGUUCGAUCGGCUCGGGGAAAGAAUUCCAAAGGCCACAAAAUUACAGGGAUUGAUACAAUGACCAGUCCACCGGGCGACCCCAAAGGUGACAUCAAACUGUUGGUAACGAGCAAUGACUCUCGAAUCCGCCUCUAUGAUUUCCGAGAUCGAGUCCUAGAGGCCAAAUUCCGUGGAAAUGAGAACAGCUGCAGCCAGAUUCGGGCAACCUUUACAGAAGACAGCAAACACGUCAUCUGUGGAAGUGAGGAUCGUCGUGCCUAUGUUUGGCCGAUUGGGACCGUAGAACGUGACACGGACAAGCGUGCCUGCGAGGUAUUUGAGACCCAGUCUGCCAUUGUGACGGUAGCCGUGACCGCUCCAACUGCGACAAAGGAGGUGCUGGCUCUGUCUGAAGAUCCAAUCUACGAUAUCUGCAACCCCCCGCCUGUCGCACUUAUGAGCCCUGAUGAAUCUUCCGAAGCGCCAAAGCAGGAAAGUUCUGGAAAUGAAUCUGGGAGCAAGCAUAUCCGGACCAGAUCUACGCCGCGACUAUCGAUUGUUAGCAAAAUGGCACAUGAUUCGCCGUCAUACCUUGCUCGAUCAAAGCAUCCUGAUGGCAACAUUAUGGUGAUGGCCGAUUAUUCCGGUAAGAUCCAGGUACUUCGACAGGACUGCGCCUAUGACAAACGACGAUUUGAAAACUGGAAUGCCAACUCAACAAUCUCACGACGGAUUAUGGGACGUUCGAAUUCAGCACGUCAUAGUGUGGCGUCUUCAAACGGCAAAGAGUCAACCCACAAGACGCCGUCUGAGCGGAUUGUUUCCUGGCGCAACUCUGUUGUUCGCCAUGGGCGCACGAGCACAGAAGGUUCACGUUCCGGCCUGAGAACCCGCAGUCCAUCGCCUCACCAGCACCGACCCGCAGCGUUUCGUCUCACCUCAUCACGGCCGUCAAGUAUGGGCCCUCACGAAUCCCUUUCAGCAGCCGCCACGUCCCCACCGGCAUCCCCACGUCCAUCUGGUGCUCAUACGAGACAACCAAUCGAGAAGAGAUCCGGCCUGAACGGGCAUGGUCCUGUCGUUGGCUCAGAUCUGCGGGCGCUACCAUCUUCGUCGGCCGGAAUCAUAGCCAGUGGCAAGGGCAAUGACAAUCCGCUCUGGCUCCAAGGCGAUCAUAGCUAUGCAUACUGGAAUAAGAUAACACAUGAUGCGAUGGCGAUGCGGUCUCGUCGGAAAUCAAAAGACUUUUUGAGCCCCAACUCGAUCCAAUCCGAUGAACGGAAGCUGAGCACGACCAGCAGCAUACUCAGCAGCGAUUACGCCUCGUCGACUGGUGAAAAAGAUGAAGAAAUUCUCAAAUGCGACUACUGCCAUGGUUCGAACUUCCGUGGAGUCAAGGACCGGGACGGUAAGCAGAAGCUGAUAUGCGUGCAAUGCAACCGGUCUGUUCCUUGA